CCUUAACCCCAGUAGGCGGAAGAAUAGGAAAAGUGGAUUGUGGGUGGAUCGAGAAGAGGAAGCGGAAGCGUCGCUUCUCAGUCGGCCGCCGGUGUCUGGCUCGGCCCCACGUGUGCAGAGUGCGAUAUCUCAGCGGUCGCCCCGGAGAAAGGCUCAUCGCCUUGUUGGCGCUGGAGUCGGGGUACUCUCUCGGGGAGGUGGCGAAGGAGUUGCCAUGGUGAAAGUCAAAGGGGAUAAAAAGCUCACAGGAAGGAAUACAAUGGCUUCACAAGAAAAAAACAAAUUUCAGAAACACAGUGCUUCUAGUUCUUCAAAGACAUUCCUCAAGAAAGAUGUUAAGGAGGAGAGACCUAAAGUUACAUCUAAGAAGUUUGAGAAAAGUGCCACAAAACCUGGGAAAAAGGGUGUGAAACAGUUCAAGAAUAAGCCACAAGGGGACAAAGGACUGAAGAACAAACUCCAGCAGGCAAAUAAGUUCAACAAGAAGAGAAAGUUUCAGCCGGACGGUAAAAGUAGCGAAUCAGCAUCCAAGAAAACCAAAUGGGAUGACUUCAAAAAAAAGAAGAGAGAACUAAAGCAGAGCAGACAGCUCAGUGACAAAACCAACUAUGACAUUGUUGUUCAAGCCAAACAGAUUUGGGAGAUCUUAAGAAGAAAAGAUUGUGACAAAGAAAAAAGAGCGAAGUUGAUGAGUGAUUUACAGAAGUUGAUUCAAGGGAAAAUUAAAACUAUCGCGUUUGCUCAUGAUUCGACCCGUGUGAUCCAGUGUUAUAUUCAGUAUGGUAAUGAAGAACAGAGAAGACAGGCUUUUGAAGAAUUACGAGAUGAUUUGGUUGAAUUAAGUAAAGCCAAAUAUUCCAGAAAUAUUGUUAAGAAAUUUCUCAUGUAUGGAAGUAAACCACAGAUUGCAGAGAUAAUCAGAAGCUUCAAAGGCCACGUGAGGAAGAUGCUGCGGCAUGCGGAAGCCUCUGCCAUCGUAGAGUAUGCAUAUAAUGACAAGGCCAUUCUGGAGCAGAGGAACAUGCUGACCGAAGAGCUCUAUGGGAACACGUUUCAGCUUUACAAGUCUACAGAACAUUCUACUCUGGACAAGGUAUUAGAGGUACAGCCAGAAAAAUUAGAGCUCAUUAUGGAUGAAAUGAAACAGAUUCUAACUCCAAUGGCUCAAAAGGAAGCUGUGAUUAAGCAUUCAUUAGUCCAUAAAGUAUUCUUGGAUUUUUUUACCCAUGCAACCCCAAAACUCAGAUCUGAACUGAUUGAAGCCAUCCGGGAAGCGGUGGUGUACCUGGCACACACACACGAUGGUGCCAGGGUGGCUAUGCACUGCUUGUGGCAUGGCACACCCAAGGACAGAAAAGUAAUUGUGAAGACAAUGAAGAGUUACAUUGAAAAAGUGGCUAAUGGCCAGUACUCUCACUUGGUUUUGCUGGCAGCAUUUGAUUGUAUUGAUGAUACUAAGCUUGUGAAGCAGAUAAUCAUAUCAGAAAUUAUCAGUUCCUUGUCUAACAUAGUAAAUGACAAAUACGGAAGGAAAGUCUUGUUGUAUUUACUGAGUCCCAGGGAUCCUGCACAUAUAGUCCGAGAAAUCAUUGAAGUUCUGCAGAAAGGAGAUGGAAAUGCACACAGUAAGAAAGAUACAGAGAUCCGCCGUCGUGAGCUCUUAGAAGCUAUUUCUCCAGCAUUGUUAAAGCAUCUACAAGGAAAUGCCCAGGAGAUGGUGCUGGAUAAGUCUGCAUGUGUGCUGGUGCCUGCCAUUCUGGGCUCUGCCACUGGAGACGUUCAGCCUGCCAUGGAUGCCAUCGCCAGCCUCGCGGCAGCAGAAUUACACCCUAGUGGCAAGGAUGGAGAGCUUCAUGUUGCGGAACAUCCUGCAGGACAUCUAGUUUUGAAGUGGCUGAUAGAGCAAGACAAAAAGAUGAAAGAAAAUGGAAGAGAAGGUUGUUUUGCAAAAACCCUUGUAGACCAUGUUGGUAUGAAGAACCUGAAGUCCUGGACUAGUAUAAAUCGGGGUGCCAUCAUUCUUUCCAGCCUUCUACAGAGUACAGACCAAGAAGUUGCAAAUACAGUUAGAGCUGGACUGAAAAGCCUGAUUCCCACGUUGGAAAAAAACAAAAACACCAGCAAAGGAAUAGAAAUUCUACUUGAAAAACUGACUGCAUAGGUGGAAACGGUUAAAAACAGAAUGGAAUCAUUUUUCCCAUUCGCUGUCUGGUUUUCCCACUGCAGAAAAGAAGGGUGAAGGUCCACCUCACUGGUAAUUUGGAGGCCGCUAUACUUAUGUUUCUUUUCAUAAGAAUCUGUUUAUAUAAAAUUACAUAAAAUGGUGGUUUUUAUUUUUUUUAAAGCCCAGCUAUCUCCUUUAUUGCUAUGAAUAACAUCAAAGUGUGAGGCAAUAGUGUGGAUGGUUAGCGUGGUGGAACUCAGUGUUGGAUGAUUUGAUUACAUGUAAAGAUCCUUCAGUGAAUAGUCAGAGAAGGCUUCCUGGGGCAGGUGGGUUAUGUCCUGCUAAAGGAAGGCAGGAUAUGGAGAGGAAGAGCCAAGGAGAGCCCUAGGUGGGAGCAGUAAGUGGAAAUUAAUGGUUUUUAACUGAACUUCAGGAAGCCUUGAGGGAUAGCUUGCAUUUCUAGCUGUUGCAUGGAUUGAGUUCCAUGCCAAGCUGUUUCUGAAACCCACCAAAGUAAUUGUACACAUCGUGGGAAAUGUGCUAGGUGAAUUAGAGGAUCCCAGUGGGUAGCACUGUUAAGGUCAGGAUCACUGGGAACAGGUCUUGUCUCUGGAUUUGGGGGUUGCAAGUAAAUGGCUCCUUAUGAUGAGACACUUUUCCUAAAGUACACAAGGCUUUAUGGAGGGCCACGGGUAAUUCAGUGGUAAAACAUACUUAGCUAGCGUAUGUGAGGAUCUGGGUUCGAUUUCUAGCACUACAACAACAAAGCAAAGCCCGAGUAAACUGGUUACUGUGCAGGAGUUACUUUGGGAUGUUAGAAGGGUUAGUAGGUCAAGUGGGCUCCUAUAUCCAUGCUCUUUGGUUAAGAGCCUCUGAGUGUUCUGAUGACCUCCCACUGAGCUCUGUCACUGCAGUUACACCCACUAGAGAACUGGCUGUGCCUUUCCUGUCCAGAUUAUGGGGUCCCCAGGAUUACUGCCAAUGUAAAACUCCUGGGACUUUACCACCCUCUCCCCUGCCAGGGUGUAUUGACCCUUCCCCAAAGAGCAGAAGACCUGGUAUGACUUGUAAUUUUUGGUGUGAAUUCUUAUCCUGACUGUCACCCAUGUGGGUCGCAGGGUGGGGUGGGAUGGCUGGGGGAAUGGGGAUGGGGUAAAGAGGUGAAAGAUAUUUUCAUAAAGUUGACAAGAGCAGCCACUUCCUUGCUCCCCGCUUCAUCCCUUGUCUCACCCUCUUCAGUAGCCUUUCACUUAUUCCCAGCUCUGAUGAAUUUCUAAAUAUACUAUUUUUAUAGUGUAUAUUUUGAAUCUGUUGGUUUUGGGUAUUUUCUUGAUGUUGUAUUCUGAAAGUACAGAUUAAAAGCUUUACUGCCA